UCUAUUGUGGCGUAAGCACACUACACCUAAAUGAUUUAAAUCAUGUGACGUAACAUGAGAAUUUGUGACAUCAUUCACUUUACCGAGUGUUUGUUUUGUUUUCUGGAAAUACGCGCUUUAACAUUAAAAAUUAGAUAAGACGCACUUGAAAAUAUAAGUGACAGAGCAAUGGUAAGACUCAUAAUCUUCUGAAUUUGUUUUUACUUGUUCAAUUUUAGCAAAGCAACCAUAUAUUUUAAAGCAUUGUAUUAGUCCAUUUGCUUUCAUGCUUGUGACAGCUGUUGAGAUAUAAUUUUCGAAUUUAUGUCAAUAAAGUUAGAUUAUAAGCUAAAUUUCUCAUUUAAAUAAUCGUAGUCUGUAGUAUCUAUCUUAAUGUGAAUUACUUUUAUAUAUUUGUAAAUUAUUGACCAACUAAAUGGUGUAAAGUAUAGAUAUUUUUCCAAACAUCUUUAAACCUAUUCAAAGUACUGUUAAAAUCUGAACAUGGACCCUUAUGAAAAGCCACCUCCUUAUUCACCUCCCGAGUCUACUGUUACUUAUCCUCCUGGAUCUGCAUCACCCUAUAUUCCACCUCCACCAAAUUUUGCACCUUAUAACUCACCUCCAGUUUAUGCAGCAACAGCACCUCCAAACUAUGCAACAAUUUCAACUCAACCUGGAAUGCAAACUUAUGGUUCAGUUACAACAGUUCCUAUUAGCACUACAAUAAUUGUUGGAGGUUGUCCAGUAUGUAGGAGGGGUAUUUUACAAGAAAGUUACCCAUGCUGUGCUAUUUGUUUGGCUAUUGUUUGUUUCCCCAUUGGAAUAUGCUGUUGCUUAGCAAUGAAGCAAAAAGAAUGUGGAGCUUGUGGGGCUACUUUCCACUGAUUUUAAUGCAAAGUUAUUACUAUUUUCUGUAAAUUGUUUUUACAAUUUAAAUAUUGUAUUUUGGUAUUUUACAAUGAUUGAAAUAAUAUAAAUGUUAGUUUGUUUCA